AUGGACCUGCAUAACCCUGACGGCAUCAUUUUACCAAUUGAUCUGGUCUCUCUGAAAUCAGGGAUGCACUCUGGAGAUUACCAGCUCACUGAAAUUGUCAGUUUCGGACUGUGGAAAGUGGUGGCAAGGUUUCACAACAAACCACAGCUGACUUACUCUGCAGAAUUUGAGGUCAAAGAAUAUGUGCUGCCCAGUUUUGAGGUUAAACUGACGAUUGACAAUCCCUUCUUCUAUGUGGACAGUCGACAACUAAUUGUUGAUAUCAAAGCUACGUAUCUUUUUGAUGUAAACGUAGAUGGGAUGGCCUACGGGGUAUUUGGGAUUAUGCAUGGGGGUCAUAAAACGAGCUUGCCCAGCUCCCUUCAGAGAGUGCCGGUUAGUAGUGAAAUGGUGGAGGCAGAGUUGAGAGGUAUCAAGAUUGUCCAAUCACCUUAUACCAUCUACUUCAAGAGAACGCCCAAAUACUUCAAACCAGGGAUGUCCUUUGAUGUUGCGGUAAAGUGCACAUAUGAGUUUAGAAUAACAGUAGGGUUCCUUCACAGUCCUCCACACAGGACUAUAUCAAAUACAUUUUUAAUAACCAAUAAAAGACUGGGCUUUCUUUUUAUUGAUGUGGUAGUCUUUCAUGUGAUAUCGAGUCAAUAUGAGGACCAACUGCAACGUGACUGUUGUUUGGAUGGCAUGAGGGAAACCCCCGUUCCAUAUACUUGUGAGAGGCGCAGCGAGUACAUCAAUGAUGGUGCAGCCUGUGUCGAGGCCUUCCUGCACUGCUGCAAGGAGAUAGAAAGCCAGCGAGCUGAGAGGAAGGAGGAUAGCCUGCGACUGGCUCGAAGUGAAGAGGAUGACAGUUACAUGGACAGCAAUGAAAUUGUUUCUCGCACCAAAUUCCCUGAAAGUUGGCUGUGGUCAGAUAUCACGCUGCCCCCUUGCCCUGAUAGUAAACCUAAGUGUGACACCACAUCAGUGACAAAAAGUGUUCCUUUGCAAGACUCAAUCACAACCUGGCAGUUCACUGGCAUCAGUCUGUCAAGAACUCUCGGUAUUUGUGUGGCUGAACCAUUGGAGAUAAUUGUCAGGAAGAACUUCUUCAUUGAUCUCAGAUUGCCCUACUCUGCUGUUCGUGGAGAGCAGCUGGAAAUUAAAGCAGUCAUCCACAACUACAGCCCCAAUAUUUCUACUCGACUGUCCCGUCACAUCUNGGUAUCAGACUCUGUUUGGGUGGAUGCAGAGGACUCCUGCAUGGGCUCAUUAAAACUGGAACCAGCAGAACCCCCGACGACCACAAAGUACUAUAUGCCUCGCAACAUAUUUGUCCUGAAGGUCACUGGAGAUCCAGGAGCCACAGUUGGACUGGUGGCAGUUGACAAAGGCGUCUAUGUCCUAAACAACAAGCCCCGCCUCAACCAAAAAAAGGUGUGGGAGAUGGUAGAGACAUAUGACACAGGGUGUACACCAGGUGGAGGGAAGGAUGGUAUGAGUGUGUUCUACGAUGCUGGGCUGUUGUUUGAGUCCAACACAGCUUCCGGGACUCCCCACAGAGAAGAUUUGAAUUGUUCGGCCCUCAGCAGGAGAAAACGAGCCACGACUAUAAUGGACGUAACAACUAGCUUGGCGAGUCAAUAUGAGGACCAACUGCAACGUGACUGUUGUUUGGAUGGCAUGAGGGAAACCCCCGUUCCAUAUACUUGUGAGAGGCGCAGCGAGUACAUCAAUGAUGGUGCAGCCUGUGUCGAGGCCUUCCUGCACUGCUGCAAGGAGAUAGAAAGCCAGCGAGCUGAGAGGAAGGAGGAUAGCCUGCGACUGGCUCGAAGUGAAGAGGAUGACAGUUACAUGGACAGCAAUGAAAUUGUUUCUCGCACCAAAUUCCCUGAAAGUUGGCUGUGGUCAGAUAUCACGCUGCCCCCUUGCCCUGAUAGUAAACCUAAGUGUGACACCACAUCAGUGACAAAAAGUGUUCCUUUGCAAGACUCAAUCACAACCUGGCAGUUCACUGGCAUCAGUCUGUCAAGAACUCUCGGUAUUUGUGUGGCUGAACCAUUAGAAAUAGUUGUCAAGAAGAACUUCUUCAUUGAUCUCAGAUUGCCCUACUCUGCUGUUCGUGGAGAGCAGCUGGAAAUUAAAGCAGUCAUCCACAACUACAGCCCCGAUAUUUUUACUGUACGUGUGGAUCUGAUUGAGGAGACACACGUGUGCAGUGCUGCUUCUAAGCGUGGAAAAUAUCGCAAGGAGAUUGAAGUUGGGGCCAAAACUACGCAGUCUGUACCCUUCAUUCUUAUUCCCACAAGGGAAGGACAAUACCGCAUUGAGGUUAAAGCAGCUGUGAAAGAUCAAGAUAUCAGUGAUGGAAUUGUGAAGACUCUGCAGGUGGUGCCCGAAGGAUUAUUGGUAAAAUCUCCCCAGAUUCUAACUCUGGAUCCUGUGAAAAAAGGUGCAGGUGAGCUGACAGCUUAUGUUGCCAAGGUGUUUUCCAUUGCCAACAAUCUGGUGGCGGUGCAAAAGGAACAUAUCUGUGAUGCUGUUGAGUUUCUGAUUCACAACGUGCAGCAACCGGGUGGCUUGUUUAGAGAAGUUGCAGCGGGGGAUGUGCGUGGUGUAGACUCAGAUGCCUCCAUGACAGCCUUCUGCCUCAUUGCCAUGCAGGAGUCACGCAUACUAUGUACAGCCACUGUUAAUGGUCUGCAAGGCAGUAUAGAAAAAGCAGCAGCCUAUCUGGAGAAGCGUCUGCCCAGCUUAAUCAACCCAUAUGCUGUUGCCAUAACAUCAUAUGCCCUGGCCAAUGAAAACAAACUGAACCAGGAGAUCCUCUUGAAGUUUGCUUCCCCAGUUGUGUAUUUAUUUUAUCUAGGUUACAACAAUCAGAUUAACAACCGUAAAAAUGAUGGGUCCUUUGCUGCGUAUCCUGAUCACAAAAGCAGCGCAUGGCUGACAGCUUAUGUUGCCAAGGUGUUUUCCAUUGCCAACAAUCUGGUGGCGGUGCAAAAGGAACAUAUCUGUGAUGCUGUUGAGUUUCUGAUUCACAACGUGCAGCAACCUGGUGGCUUGUUUAGAGAAGUUGCAGCGGUAUCUCAUGAAACCAUGAUCGGAGAUGUGCGUGGUGUAGACUCAGAUGCCUCCAUGACAGCCUUCUGCCUCAUUGCCAUGCAGGAGUCACGCAUACUAUGUACAGCCACUGUUAAUGGUCUGCAAGGCAGUAUAGAAAAAGCAGCAGCCUAUCUGGAGAAGCGUCUGCCCAGCUUAAUCAACCCAUAUGCUGUUGCCAUAACAUCAUAUGCCCUGGCCAAUGAAAACAAACUGAACCAGGAGAUCCUCUUGAAGUUUGCUUCCCCAGAUUUGUCCCACUGGCCGACACCUAGGGGACGUGUUUACACAUUAGAGGCCACAGCUUACGCUCUUCUGGCUUUGGUCAAGGCCAAGGCCUACGAAGAAGCCAUACCUAUUGUGAGAUGGUUCAACAAACAGCGGAGAGUGAAGGGAGGCUAUGGAUCAACUCAGGCUACUAUACUCGUGUACCAGGCUGUAGCAGAGUACUGGGCCAGUGCUAAAGAACCAGAGUAUGACCUGAAUGUGGACAUCUUGUUGCCGGGCAGGUCUAGGCCUAUCAAGUACAACCUCAACAGGGAAAACCACUACGGCACCAGAACAUCUAAAAUCAAUGAAAUAAACCGGAACGUGAAAGUGACUGCCACAGGCACAGGAGAAGCAGUGCUAACGAUGGUGUCGCUGUAUUACGCUCUACCGAAAGAAAAGGAGAGUGACUGUCAGAGGUUUAACUUGUCAGUGCAGCUCCUUCCAGAGAGUAUGGCCGAGGAUGAGAGGAUAUAUAGGCUGAAAAUAGCGGUUUUGUUAGCCAAAGGACGUGCCCGCACUAUUGCAAAGUAUUCGGUAAACCCCGCCCAGUCAGAAAGAAGCUCACUCAUAAUCCACCUGGACAAGGUUUCUCACACAAGUCCAGAGGAGAUCAUUUUUAGGAUUCAUCAGAAGAUGAAAGUGGGAGUCUUACAACCAGCUGCUGUGUCUGUCUAUGAGUUUAACCAUGAAAACAGUAACCAAACACAUUGUGUGAAGUUCUACCAUCCAGAGAGGAGAGGUGGUGAGCUACUGCGCAUCUGUAGAAAUGAUGAAUGCACAUGUGCAGAAGAGAACUGUGGUGUACUGAAGAAGGGCAACGUCAGCAAUGUGGAGCGCACAGCUAAGAGCUGUGAGACUAAAGUGAGCAGUAAUAUAGAUUUUGUGUACAAAGUGAGAGUGGAAGAUUUUAUAGAUGGCUUGUCCACGGACAUUUACACAGUGCUGGUACUGGAAGUCAUCAAAGAAGGAAAUGAUGACGUAGGCCCUCUGAAUAAACAGCGCACAUUCCUCAGUUAUCGGCACUGCAGAAAGACUUUAGGUCUGAACAAAGGCAAAACCUACCUUAUCAUGGGUGCAUCCAAAGAUAUUUACACAGAC